AGUGUUCGGGUUCAGGUAAUCGUCGCUAGACGUCGUUCGGCUCAAUUCGGGGACCCGUUUCGCCUUCGAAGCGUUUCGUUUUUAUGCAGCGACCCGGUCGAUCGAGGAUCACUAUCCUUUCUGCGUCUCGUGUGUGCGGUUCUCUGCCGCUCGCUCUCUCCGCAUGAACCGUACGAUAAGUUGAAACAAACGCGAACAUUUGUUAAGUUUUUGUUGUUCUGGACAUUCGGAAAAAAGUACGUGCAAUAAUUGUUGAAAUAUAUUCGUACUUGAACCAAAGUUUUAGUGUUGUGAAAAGAAAAACAAAACAAGAAACUCAUUUUUAAACGAAAGCUGACCGAUCAGCUAAACACUUUUGGAUUACCACAAUAAUUUGGAUAUAUAAAAAUUAGAACAAGAUCAAAAUGGAUUACAAAAACGAUCUCAAUUCGGACGACGACUUCGACUGCUCGAAUGGAUAUAGCGACAGUUACGGCAGCAACGGACGCAUGUCCAAUCCCAAUGGAUUAUCCAAGGCCGAGCUGAGAAAGACCAACAAACCCAUUAUGGAGAAACGUCGUCGGGCUCGCAUUAAUCAUUGCCUGAACGAGCUGAAAUCCCUCAUUUUGGAGGCCAUGAAGAAAGACCCGGCACGCCAUACCAAGCUGGAGAAGGCCGACAUACUCGAGAUGACGGUGAAGCAUCUGCAGUCUGUGCAGCGCCAGCAGCUGAACAUGGCCAUCCAGACGGACCCCGGAGUAGUGCAGAAGUUCAAGACGGGCUUCGUGGAGUGCGCCGAGGAGGUGAAUCGCUACGUCAGCCAACUGGACGUGGACACGGGUGUGCGGCAGCGGCUGAGUGCCCAUUUGAACAACUGUGCCAACAGUCUGGAGCAGAUUGGCUCGAUGAGCAACUUCAACAAUGGAUAUCGGGGUCAGAUGCCCGCCGGACUUUUCCCAGCAGCCGUCGGUGGAAUUGCCGCCUCCGCUCCGCUCUUCCCCUCACUGCCGCAGGACUUGAACAACAACAGUCGGACGGAGACCACUCCGCCAUCCAUCCAAAUGGGUGGCCUCCAGCUCAUCCCCUCACGCUUGCCAUCCGGGGAGUUUGCCCUCAUCAUGCCCAAUACCGCGGGCGCGACUGUUCCUCCAGCGGGCCCCUUCGUCUGGCCUGGUGCAACGGUCACGGCGGGAGGUCCGGCCAGCGCCGCCCUGGCCAGCAUUGCGAAUCCCACCCAUCUCAGCGACUACGCCCAGAGCUUCCGGCUGAGCGCCUUUAGCAAGCCUCCAAGUGCGGCUGCUCCCACAGGCCAGAUCCCUAGCAACACGCAGAUCCCAGCACAGACACAGCUGCCGGUGAAGAACAACAGCAACACUCCCACCAGCAGCCCACCACUGAGCCCCAUCUCCUCAAUGUCCAGCCAUUGCGAUGAGUCCCGGGCAGCCUCUCCCACCGUCGAUGUGCUGGCCAAGCACAGUUUCGCCGGAGUAUUCUCCACGCCACCGCCGACCAGCGCCGAGACGUCGUUCAACACGAGCGGAUCGCUCAACCUGAGUGCCGGCAGCCACGACAGCAGCGGAUGCUCGCGCUCCCUGGUCCACUUGCAGCAGCAGCAAGUGAGCUCCACCAGCGGACACGCGAAGCGGGAACGGGAGGCAGAGGUUGAGCCGGAGCCGGAGGCCGAUUCUAGUGACUGUUCGUUGGACGAACCCUCGUCUAAGAAGUUCCUGGCGGCAGCCAUCGACAAGUCCAGCUCCGCCUGGAGGCCCUGGUAGAUCUAUCGAUCUAUAGAUCUGAGGAAGCAGAUGACGACAAAGUUUUAUGUUAAGUUUAUCCUCAAAUUGUUAAUUUAUUUCAUCGCAAUUAAUCGAAAAUCCAACCAACAACAACAAAUGCUUUAGAACCCAUUAAGUUUCUACCAUAAUACGAUAGAUUUCUAUGUUUUUCCAUGUUCUAUGUUUUGCUUUCUUUAUUUUAAGUUCAGCUGUGAUUUUGUAUAUUUUUUUGUGUAAUUCUCAUUUAAGCAUUCUUAUAUUAAACACUUGUACUAUUAUGUAGUUCAUUGACCAAUGAAGUUUUUGUAAUUUCUCUCCAUUAUUUAAAUGAUUCUUUAUGCGGA